AUGUAUGCGAAUUGGAAGGUCCGAGAUUUAGAGUUCACUGUAGGUGAUCAAGUUCUGUUGAAGAUUUAUCCUAUGAAGGUUGUUAUGAGAUUUGGGAAGAGAGGUAAGUUGAGUUCAAGGUAUAUUGGUCCAUUCGAGAUCCUUGAGCGUGUGGGUGAUACUGCUUGUGAGUUAGCCUUGCCACCAGGCAUGGAAGGCGUUUAUCCAGUUUUCCAUGUGUCUAUGCUGAAGAAGUAUCAUGCCGAUGGUACUUAUAUUGUUUGUUGGGACACGGUAUUGCUUGAUGAGAACCUGACGUACGAGGAGGAGCUUAUUAUGAUCUUGGAUAAGAAGGUUCGAAAGUUGAGGUCUAAGGAGAUAGCUUCUGUGAAGAUGCAAUAG